AUGACCGAUACUCCUGACAUGAAGAAACUCACCGCUCCUCGCAGUAGCAUUUGCUCAGGUUGGUUUCCAAGCAGACCAGACUGGUGCCAAGCGCCACCCGGGAUGUGGGGCCGAUUCGGCAUGCCGAUGCUGAAGCUACUGCGGAGCACGGUCGGUUGGUGUGGAGUCAGUCAUCCUCGGGUUUCCGACUUGGGGCGGGUACCGUGCAGCCUACCUAGCUCAGUUGUGAAACACAGACUGUGGUCAGGAAAUCAACAGUCAAUUAUCCGGUAUCAAUCAAGAGAAUGGUCUGAGCAACAACUAGGGAUUGAAAGAUUCAAGUUAAACUGCGAUGAAUGA